AGGUACAUGUACAUAUCAGACGUUGUUGCGGAGCGUGCAGGCUCUGUUGAGUAACAGAUGAUACUCAGACUAACUGUCCGCUGCUUGUUCCUGCCAAAAAUAGUGUCAGUUCCUGCAAAAUAUUGUCCGUUUUUGCGAAAUAUUGUCAGAUAUUGUCCAUAAGGAGUGCCGAGAUUCUGUACAGGGAGCAUCCAAGUUCACGUUAUUAUGUAAAUUAUUGUACAACAAUAGCUUUAUCAGUGUUUAUUGCCCUUAGUACUAAGGCUUUCAACGAGUUCACUCGCCCAGAAAGGACUACAGACACAGUAUUUCCCAAUCAGUUGGCCUGCAAUGCUUUGGUAUUGGUGUUCAUUGUGUGCUGACCUCGAAUAAAGGAUUUACGCAUCGUGCAACACGCCAUUUUGACGACAAACAACUUGAUAUAACAGAUUUGCCGGGACUUCACACUUUCUGCAAGUCCAGCGGCUCUAUUUGUACAAGAAAGUUUUCGGAGAGGAAAGAUGGAGUGCAAACGUUCUACACUGGCGUUUAUGGUCAUUCUGCAAAUUUUUAGCGUCUUCGUGUUGAUAUAUCAUUACUCUUCAGGUCAUUUCACGACGCUACAAGAUGACAGGACUAAAGGCAAGGAUACGAGAAUGGCACAUGCCGCUGUGAGCGCUCUGCGAGUCCAGACAUUCUCCAACCACGCGACUUCGCCGCCACCAAAUCGAACUGUGGACAUCCGGGGGAAGAUUUCUGGUUGCACCUUGGCCGAUACUGAGAAGAAGCCCGGUGUUGUGCUGCUGCUUCACACCAACACCGCCUUCAUGGACAUGGCACUGAACCUGUUGGAGAGUAUCAAAAGGACCGGGGUCUGCCUGAACACCACCAUCUUAGCAGCGGAGAAGAACGCCUACCGGGCUCUGCUCAGUGCUACCCAGGGCGACCCAGCGAUAACCGUGCUGGAAAUGGUCGAGGGAGACGCCUCAUCGGACAAGCUCUUGGUCUUCAGCCCCGAAUAUAACCGCCUCGUGAACAGACGCCACAAGUACAUCCUGUCCCUGUUGCAACAGGGAUUCCAGGUUUUCUUCACGGACGUGGAUACCUUCUGGUUUCAAGAUCCUUUCUCGUAUUUCCAAGGGGACUUUGACAUGUCCUUUGUGGAUGAGCGCUCCCCUUACCCGACCAGACUGCAAACUGGGUCCGGCCACUGCGCCGGCCUGGGCUACUUCAAGCCAACAGAAAAGACCAUCAUGUUCGUCAAGAAGUGGGUGGAAAUAUUGGCGAAUCCGAAGCACAGGGGAUCCGACCAGGCCAUCCUGAAUAACCUGUUGCACAAGGACCAGCCGGUACGCGUUGACGUCAGACCCUUGCCCGUCAAGCAUUUCCCGCAUGCUAAUGUGUUUUGGCUACCGGAAUGGAGGAGGGAAAACAACGAUACCAUCAUAAUGCAUAACGUGGGAUUUAAGGUACGUGGCCACGACGCCAAAGUGGACAAGUUCAAGAAAAACAACAUGUGGCUUGUCAACGUCACUAUCGGCGACUCCGGUAUACGAGCUGCAUAAAAACUUGAAAUCGGAACCUGAAAAGUUUUAAGAAUGCUUUGGAAAUACCCAGGGGAUAACAUCUGUGUGUUUUAAAGUAAUUCCACCGAUAUAUAUAUAUAGAUUUGUAGAUCACAAGUCUGAUGGCAUCAAAUCAUCUUUUGUCUAGUUAUUGAACACAGCUAUUGUGAACAUCGAAUCUCAAAACUAGUGCUGGAAACUAAUAUACACUGAAAAAAAAUCUGAGAAAAAUUAUCAUUCUGGAUGGUGUCAACAUGAGCUAUAACUCAUAUAAUGUUUCCCUGUUGGAUCAGAUGACGAUCUGAAUAGACAGUUUAGCUCUUGACAGAGGGAUCGUAAUUAGGAUCUUAUUAAUGGAUGUAUGUAAAUCGCGUGAGGUUGAAGAUGACAUCAUACCAGUUGGAAUUGUUUUUUGUUCCCUUCUUAUCUUUACUUGAGGUAAGCUUUGUCUUCAUUGUUUGGGUAUAGGUGGUGUAUUUAUCGCUACAAGAACUGUUAGCACUAGGCAGUUUUUGCUGUGGAGAUUUUGCUGUUAUAGUACUAGCCCCAUAGAUGUGGCCAAUUUACUGGACUACCUCCGUAAACAUAGGCCACACUUCCACAUGUACAAAA